CAAGCAGCUGCAAGUCGCGAAACGGUCGUUUGUACCUGCACAGGUAACAGAAGCAACAGGUCAUUUCUCUGCUGAGGGGAGCGGCGGCCCGGCAAGCCGCGUAGCCGGCCCAGUCGCCCUCCGCGCUCCAUACGAGCUACACUUCGCGUCCGUGCGCCUUCUGAUUACACCACGAUUUACUUUCCCGCGACCGUAUUGACGCGGUAAUAAGUUAUGUGCGCUAACGCACCACUCAGAGUGUCAUCCGUCCUCAUCGGUGAUCAAUUGUGACGGUUCAGAUGUCUCCCAGCUUAGAAGGGAUCAUGUUCAACAGGAACGCGAACCUGUCGGCGCGACGGCCACUGUUAGUGGAGGCGCAGAAGCCUCUAGUGGUGCCUCCACGCGCUCCUCCCCGUGACACCGGGCCGCGUAGGCCCGUGCCUCCGGCUAGGAAUGUCCCGGAUUAUCCCUACGAAUACCGACCGGAUUACUGGAAACCAUCGAACGUCGAACUCGAAAAACGAUUGCAAGAGUCGCGAGCUCGCGAGAAAGUUGGUUACUUUCAAGACAAAGUUACGUCCCCGGAGCUGAGUUUGGACCGCAGAGAAGCGGAACUAGUAUUCAAGUUCGACCCUCACGCUUCGGCCGAGUAUCUGUCGAGCCAGUAUCGGGCUCCUACAGUGCACUAUGCCAAGCCCGCAACGCCAGUAAACGGGUUUUCUAACCGUGUCCCAGAGAGAGACGGGCCCUUUGUGUUCGGAGUGCACAGUCCGAGCCAAUUCCCGAUCCCACGACGGGACGACGACGAUUACGAUUAUUCCGAGGUGGCCGAGGAGAAUGGCCGAACCGCAGUUCGUGACGAUGUGUCGGAAGACUUAAAUUGCUGUGAUAAAGUGAACGAGUGGACUGUACGAGAUAAAAAAUGCAAAAGGACCUUGAAUCGGAUGUUUCAAAUUAAAGAUAGGAGGAAGGUGAAAGGUAGCAAUAAGGAGAAGAUAAAGUGUGUGUUGGUUGGUGAUGGAGCAGUUGGGAAAAGCUCUUUGAUAGCUGCCUAUGCACAGAACAAGUUUCGGGAAGAAUAUCAGCCGACUGCUUACGACACAUUUAAUGUUGCUGUGGACGUGGACGACAGGCCGGUCCGCGUGGAAAUCUGUGAUACUGCUGGACAGGACUCAAUGUCAAAACUACGCGAGCUAUGCUACCCUGGUACUGACGUCCUUAUGCUGUGCUUCUCCGUGGUCCGGCCGGAGACCUUCCGGUCUGUCGCGGAGAAGUGGACCAAGUCUGUGGCCGGUGUGAACGCACCUUUAAUUCUGGUCGGCACUCAGAGCGACUUGGCGUUGGAUCCGCGGGUGCUGCAGUCUUUGCGAGCCCGAGGUGAGCAUCCGGUGACGGAGACAGAGGCGCGAGCGCUUGCCGCCAAAAUCGACGCCAACUACAUCGAAACGUCAGCCAAAACUAGGAAACAAUUGAAAGAUGCUUUCGACGCCGCCAUCUUGGCCGGCCUGCCAGUGAGACAUAGUAGAAAACCUUUUUGGAAGAAGCUAUUCUGUAUGAGCUAAUUCUCUAUUUAUCACAUAGUUAUCCUUAGGUCUGAAGACCUGGCUUGAAGGAUCUGAGCUUGAGGAUGAAGAAUACUGAAGAGUGUGCGUAGUGGAGAAGAUAAGCAAGAAAGCGGACCUGGGUUCCAAAGCUUUAUGGCUGAGAAAGACAUCGGGAACUCGCUCAGUGAUAGAGGUCAAGGUUGAAAACAAAAUCUAUUUGGAUCUUAGGAUAGCUAAAGGAGUCUAGAUAUAUUUAUUCAAGAUGCAAUUACAGAAUGUAAAUCGCUGGUAGAUACCGUUAACAAGUUGAAACCAAAGUUUUGAUAAGGCUACAUCACCGACACUGACACACUGUUAUCUUUAUUAGGAUCUUGAACCCUGAGACUGUCUUUAAAUUGUUAUUUUAAUUGACUGAGCUGUAUGCAGGCUGGUACUGAAGUCUUUCUCGUGUCCGCGCACUUUCUUGGGUGAUUUGAAAAAUACUUUGUCCAAAAUGUAAGGUCACAGGACAAAACUCGUUUCAAAAUGUAACCACAUCUACAUACUAUCGAAGUAGUCAUUACAGCUGACUAGACACGCUUGAAAUUGUGAUUUUCCGUCUAACGGCAAUAGUUUUUCGUACUUAUAUAGUGCCCAAUUGUAUAUAAGAUAUUUUAGCAAAGUUAUAUGCGAUCAUAUGAAUAAUACGUGGUGUGAAUGUAACAAAUUCAAUUCAUUUAUUAACAAUUGAAUUUUCAGUCACGGACAUACAAUAGUCAGUUAAAGAGUGUACUGUACUCGUGUAUUGGAGAUGGUCACUGGAGAUGGAAGUGCCUUAUAGAAAUACGUAGGUAUACGUUUUUUACAUCUUGAUGAUAGGUACAUUUAAAGUGAGAAUGUACUUAUACUUAUUUCGGAGGGAAAAGUGAAAAUGUUUGUCGAGUGAGAUUAUAAUGCGCAAGUGUCUCAAUAAUAAAGUAGUGACUAGGUACUGAAUUAGUAGAAAUAGAUAAUAUCUAUCACAAAAUAUCUCAAAAAAAUUUAAUGUCAGCUCCACACUGUCGCCGAACCCAGACACACUUGCCGACGCGAAUACAUGAACAUUGGGUAGAUAGUAUGAGUUCUUUUAUUUAUCGCAAUGAAAAACCAGCAAUGUAUAGCGAAUCCGCUAAAGUUUGGAAAACUGUUCGACGACCGUGUGGAGCCGGCAACACGAAGUGUUUGCGGGUCGUUUUAAAUAGAUACAAAAUAUAUUACAUUUUAUCAAUAAAAAAUAAAGAUGGAAUUAAGUAUGGAAUGGAUGAUAUUAGUAAUACAAUUUAAAAAGAAAUCUUUGUUGAUGUCGUCGAUGACACUUGUAAAUAUUCUAAAACGUGUUAAAAAUUGUACAGUCUAAAUAAUGCCUAAUGUAAUGUUAUAUGUAUAAUGGAUUUUUUCAGGUUCUGUCUGUAUAUAACUAUUGACUUAUUAUGUUGUUUUGAUACUCAACACGAACUGAUAAUUAUAUUUUAUAAUAUCGUAA